AUGUCACGCGAAAUUGACAAUGAAUUUCGUCAAAGAACUCUAAGAUUACUUGAAGCUUUCGUUUAUGACUAUCUUAGAAAAUCUGGAUGUAUCGAAACUGCAAGAACUUAUUUUGAAGAGGCUCAAUUAGAUGAUUGGCCGCCACCUUGGUUAGAACAAUUGGUAACAUCACCUAUUUCUCCUGUUGCCGUUCCUCCAAGUGUUACAACUCAACAAUCUCGUGAAGAAAGUUUUGAUUAUAGUGAUCAAACUUGCACUCAUGAGUUGACAGAUGAACUAGGUGGUAGUUUUGAUGAAAAUAUGCAUAAUGAUGGUACUUUUGAAGGUGCUUCCAAUGUUGAUAGCAUUUUAGAUUCGAAAGUCCAAUUAGUUCAAGUAAAAGAAGAAGAUGACGAAAUUUUAAAAAUUAAAACUGAGUGCGUUAAUGAUUCUAUUUUACCAUCUGAAUGUAGUCAUGAGACUAUCAUGAACAGUCAUGUGUCUGGAAGUGAUUACCUUCAAUACGCUGAAAGAUCACCAUCUAUCAUUUCGGCUACAACUACACAUGAAGAACUUCCUGAUUUGCUAUUACCAUUAGAAGGACAGGAUGAUUUUUUGCAAGAUUGGUGGAGUAUUGUUUGGGAGAAUUAUAAGACCAUGUUUGAACGACAAACUGGAAUCAUUCUUCCUACUGAUUUUUAG